GCGGCGGUGGAGGGGCCGGGCCGGGUCCCCUCAGAGUCUGACGGCGCUGCGGGGGUCGGGACGGGCUCGGCGGAGGGGAGGGAGUGGCUCUGAGGGGACCUUCCGUCCCGGCUCUGCCCUGCCCAGCCCUGCCUGUGUGUGUGUGAGGCUCCGCUCCGCCGUCAGGGCGACCGGUGGCUUCGCCGCUCUCCCCGCUGGGCUCCCGGGGGUCCCUGAGCUCCCGGUCGUCCGCCGGGACCCCUCCCCGGGCGGCGGCAGGGGUGGGGAGGGCUGUCCCCGCCAUGGCCUUCACCUUCGCCGCCUUCUGCUACAUGCUAUCGCUGGUCCUCUGCGCCGCCCUCAUCUUCUUCGCCAUCUGGCAUAUAAUCGCCUUUGAUGAACUUCGGACAGACUUCAAAAGCCCAAUAGAUCAGUGUAACCCAGUCCAUGCAAGAGAGCGGCUGAGAAAUAUUGAGCGUAUUUGCUUCCUCCUGCGAAAGCUGGUGUUGCCGGAGUACUCUAUCCAUAGUCUUUUCUGCAUAAUGUUUUUGUGUGCUCAGGAGUGGCUUACUCUGGGGUUAAAUGUUCCUUUGCUUUUUUAUCACUUCUGGAGGUAUUUUCGUUGCCCAGCAGAUAGUUCAGAGCUAGCAUAUGAUCCACCUGCGGUCAUGAAUGCUGAUACCUUGAGUUACUGUCAAAAAGAGGCCUGGUGCAAGCUAGCUUUCUAUCUCCUUUCCUUCUUCUACUAUCUGUACUGCAUGAUCUACACUUUGGUGAGCUCUUAACUGAAAGAUGAUCAUUAAAAGACUGAAAACAACAAAGACUGGAGGUGCAAGGAUGGGUGAGCCAAGUGAUACAUGAUUAAAAAAAAAAAAGCAAAGAGAUGAAAACUUUGAACCCAAGAAGUAAAUAGAGUAUGUGAAAGAGAGACCCAGCACGAAGAAGCAGAGUACCACGGCAGAAUGGCUGAGUUAACUGUGUUUAUCUCCCAUUUCUCAGUGUGGCACAGUAAAUGACUUUCAAAACCCAAACAAAGCAAAAAAAAUGCAACAAGGUGGGCCAAGUUACAGAACUAUUCACCUCUUCAGGGAUAAUGCUGCUUGGUUAAGUGGACUCAUUGUAAACUGUAGCCCCUACUGUCUUCCAGGGAGCAAAUUUUCUUUUGUUAAUGACAGUUCUGGACUGAGGAAGCAGACAGCAAGAUCAUCUCACAUGGAAAGAACAGCUAUACAACACAUUCUGAAAAUGAGCACCGACUGGAGUCCAGAUACAACAUGUGACUGUUCUGCAGGGAUAUUCACAUGAUACUAAUCAAACAGGGAUGUUGGAUCAUAUAGAACUGCUUCAGUGUUUUUUUUCCCCACCCAUAACAAUAACAAAUAAUUUGCAGUUGCUGUUUUCUAAUGAUAUGCUAUUCCUGUAGGUGCACAGCCAGUAUGUUUCUGUACUUCGUUUGUGAUGCACCAAUAACAUACAGUGAUAUGUAGAAAUACUCUGGGCUUGACCUAAUCAUGCCAAGUGCUUAUCAGAACAAUGUUCCUCUGGCUGCAAAAAAGAGGUAAAACCUUACAUAUAUUAAGGAGGAUUGUAACGGCGGUAUUAUAUUCAUCACAAUGCUGGAUAACAAAAUACUGGACGAGCUAAUCAUGGUCUGUAAUUCUGUUUUGCAACUUUAUUUCUGCUGUCAAAUUUGAGCUGAAAUGAAUGCACGAAAUGGUUUUGUCUUGUAUGAGGUUUGUAUUGAAAGAUGUUCAGUUUUUUAUAAUUUAAAAGUUUUUAAAUUUUAUCAUGUAAUUCACAUUUGAAUUCAUAUGU